UCCCGGGGCCCGGCCCGGCCCGCCGCGCACCCAUGGCCGCCUUCCUGCAGCUGGAGAGCCGGGAGGCCGGGAGCUGCCUCGGCAAGUUCGUCUUCGACUGCGAGUUGACGGGCAGUACCAGGUCCUAUACCUUUAAGGUGGAUGAAGAUGACGACUCUGAGCACAUCCUGGCCCUGUCUAUGGUCUGCCUGACAGACGGCGCAAAGGACGAAUGCAACGUGGUGGAAGUUGUGGGGCGUAACCGUCAGAACCAGGAGAUUGCUGUGCCAGUGGCCAAUCUGAAGCUGUCAUGCCAACCCACGCUCAGCCUGGACAACUUCCAGCUCCAACCACCUGUGACCUUCCACCUGAAAUCCGGCUCUGGCCCCGUGCACCUCUCCGGACGGCACCAGAUCAUGCACAGGAGAGCACCCUCUGAGGAAGAGGAGAGCGCAGAAGAGGAAGAGGAAGAGCUCAUCCCCGUCAUGCCAGCCAAGAAGCAGCGAAGGAGGCAGUAGCUGGGAGGUGCUGCCCUGCCCCGGGACGGCUGGUCUCCUGGGACUUCUCUGGUUUACGUGUCAAUUUGCUGCUUGUUUGUUCCUGUCAGGCUUGGGGGGCUCCCUCCCAUUGAGGGAAUGCACUGGGGUGAGCCCUGCCCCCGCACAGGGCCAUGGAGGCUGUUACUGGGGAGCUCUGCUUUUUGCAGUGACAUCCCCAGCACCUGGAGGCAAGCCAGCAAAGCAAUCAGUGUCAUGCUCUGCCAACCCCGCGCCCCACCUGUGUUUCUGGGGCUUGUUCCCUGUUUCCUUGCUCUGCGAACCAGCCCUUUGCUUGGUCCGGCUGGGCCCUGCUCUGUUGCACCCUCUGAGAUGCCAACAGACCUCCCGCUGGAGCCGGGGGAGUGCAGCUAGAGCGGUCGGUUUCACCUUGCGAUUCUGGGGCUGCCUAGUGCUGAGUGGGGCGGUGGCAUCUCUCUCUCCCCAUGUCAGAGUUUCUAUUCAUGGGGGGAGAGGGAUGUUAAGCCCCUUUUUUAAUAUUUGCUGCCUUUACACAUGGAAGUUUUAGGGGUAACCUUGUCCCCACCCCCGAGAACCCCAGGCUCCUUUCCCCAGUGCAAUAUCUCGGUGAGUCGGGUGUGUAUAUGGCACCUUUGACCUUGGCAUCCAAGAUCCAUCUGUGCUGCGGCCUUGUCUGGGUGUCACCGGAUCGUGCCAGGUCUGGGCUGCCUUUGGGUCCCCCCUGCCCCUGCUGGAUGGUCAGGGGUUCCCCAGCCAAACCCCACCUCUGUAAAGGGCUAUUUACACCUUGUAAUAAACGUUUCUAAUUGGAUGUCAGCUGCGCA